CAGACGCUCACAUUUUAAAAAAAAAAUUACAGAGUGAAAGCACGAAGCAGAAUAGUUACCGUCAUCAAAAUAAUAAUUAAUAAAUAAAAAAAGUUGCAAGGUGCAGCUCAAACUCUCUCUAAAUCGCCAUCUUCUUCUAUCAGUUUCCGCCCCAUUAUUCUCUCAACUCCUCAUUUCUUAGCGUGCUGCAGGAAUCGUCAAUUUCUGUGAGUUGUGUUACUGUUUUACUUUCACUUUUUUAUUCACCUCAAUUUCUCCCAAAUUAUGCGUUAAACCCUAAUCCUAGCCACAAAUCCGAAUCCCCAAUUUAUCAACGUUCUCAUAAAAAUCAGAACUCGUUUUUGUUGUGCAAUUGAAGGAAGUCGCAGGUUACAACAUGAGUUCGAUCAACAUUAGAGAUCUUCAACGCGAAUUGGAGAACAAAGCGAACGAUCUCAGCAAACUUCAAAAAGAUAUUGCGAAGAAUCACCAAGUUAGAAAGAAGUACACAAUCCAACUUGGCGAGAAUGAACUCGUCCUUAAGGAGCUGGAUUUAUUGAAAGAAGAUGCAAAUGUUUACAAGUUGAUUGGCCCUGUACUCGUUAAGCAAGAUUUGGCUGAGGCCAAUGCUAAUGUCCGCAAGAGGAUUGAAUACAUAUCAGCUGAACUGAAGCGUCUUGAUGCCACCGUUCAAGAUUUGGAAGAGAAGCAGAAAAGCAAGCAAGAAACGAUAAUGAAAUUGCAACAAAAGGCGCAGUCUCUUCAGGCUGGGAAAGGCAAGGCAUAGUUACCUCUGCAGAUUGUUUGAGCAUUGUAUUGUAAUUUUAACUUGCAUAGGUGGCACAUUAGUUAUUGUGCUCUUUUUAUUUUCCAAAGUAGCUUUUUUGAUGUCAAAGUAAGAACGAGUAGCAGCCACUCUCGCAUGCUAGUUUUGCUCAAACAAACACACUUUUAGAUUGAUGUUCAGCAUUUUGUCUCAUUGUUAUUGUUUAAAUUUAGAUUUUGCACUUGCAAACA